CGUGGUUAGUCGCGUUGUAGUGGUUCGCUCACCUGUGAACAGUGAACACUAUAGUGUUCUUAGUCCUCACUGUGUUACGACUAACACAAGAAAUACGAGUUAUUGAUAGAAUUAAGCGAAACUAAUCAUAAUCAACUUUUAAAGACCGUUUUUAAUUUUAAUUAUUUUAACGAGAAUUACUACUAUCUUGAUUAUUAUUUAAUUAGUGUUGUAAUAUAAAAGUUUCAAGAAAAUGUUAAACAGUUUAAAAGAUAACUUAAACCAUGUGACAUUUUCGAUUUAAAGUGUUAAUUAUUUUAUGUUUUGUGGAUUUUUUUAAAUUGUGAAAAAGAUGUGUACUAAAGACCAAUUGAACGAAAUCAUGGAUAAAAUACACAUGGGACUCCCCAAGUGUAGCAUCAAACUGCCGGCGUGGGACAAUUUAACCAGCGCCCUGCCACGAUUACAUAUCCCUGCAAUGCCUGCCGUCCGCACAAGACGCGGAUGGUGUGGCUGUCUGCAGGAUGACGAACCACCUGAAAUAACUUAUUGUGUGGUUGAAAAUAGUGGAACAUUAACGUUACAAGCAUUAACACCAACACAACCAAUGCCACCACCGGAUGAAUUAGAUGCAAAAUUUGCAGAACUUGUGGAAGAACUCGACCUGACGGCACCAAAUAAAACCGCGAUGCUGAACCUUCCGCAACAGAAAAAGUGGCAGAUUUAUUGCUCUAGAAAAGGAGAAGAUACGGUUGACGAGUCUCAUGCUCCAGAACACUACAUCGAUAGACUGAAAACUCUUGCGGAGAUGGGAUACCCAGAAGUAAAUACAGACGAGGAAGUUAGAACAAGAACAAAACAAAUAGACGGAUUAAAAACAGCAUUGAGAACAUCAACAAAUAGUUUUGUAUUACGAUUUAUGGAAUUGGAAGGACUUCCUGCUCUUUUAAUAUUUCUGCAAAAAAUGGAUUAUUUUACCGCCCAAAGCACUAUUCACACCAGCAUCAUUGGUUGUGUCAAAGCUUUAAUGAACAAUUCUACUGGAAGAGCCCAUGUUUUAGCUCAUCCAACCAGUAUAAACAUAAUUGCUCAAUCGCUUAGUACUGAAAAUAUAAAGACUAAAAUAGCGGCCUUAGAGAUAUUAGGUGCUGUUUGUUUGGUUUCUGGUGGUCAUAAAAAAGUAUUGGACGCGAUGGAACAUUAUCAAAAAUUUGCAUUCGAAAGGACGAGGUUUCAAGGGAUAAUCAACGAUUUGGAUCGAUCGACUGGGAUUUACAGGGACGAGGUUAAUUUAAAAACUGCCAUAAUGUCGUUUGUAAACGCCGUGCUCAAUUAUGGUUUAGGCCAAGAAAAUUUAGAAUUUAGGUUACACCUCCGAUACGAACUUUUAAUGUUAGGCAUACAACCCGUUAUCGAUAAAUUGCGUGGCCAUGAAAACGAAACGUUGGAUAGACAUUUGGAUUUCUUUGAAAUGGUGCGAAACGAAGACGAAAAAGAAUUAGCGAGGAAAUUCGAAAAAGAACACGUUGAUACUAAAAGCGCCACGGCGAUGUUCGAACUUUUAAGAAAAAAAUUAAGCCAUACGUCAGCUUAUCCUCACCUACUCUCAUUAUUGAGACAUUGCAUUUUAAUGCCUUUAGAUUACGGUUCUCAUCCACAACAUUGGUUACUUUUUGAUAGAAUCGUCCAACAAAUAGUACUUCAGCAAACCGAUACAUCGGAUAAAACAAAACUCGUCAUAAAAGACCCGGAUGUUGCCCCGAUUAACAUAAACGUUAAAGAAAUCGUCCACCUUUUAGCUAAAGAAGAAGAAUUAGUUGCAGCUCGUAAGAAAGCCGAAGAACUAGAAAAAGAAAACACCGAAAUGUCGAAUCGACUAGCAAAAAAAGAACAAGAACUCGACCAAAGAACCCAAGAAAAAGAGGACAUCGAAUCGAGUUUGGUUCGGAUAAAAGAACGUCUCGAAAAAGAAACCGCAGCUCACAUUGAAACCAAACAACGAUUAGGAGAAAUGGAAUACCGCGCCGCCGAUUUAGACCGACAAGUCACUUGUGAACGCGGCGAAAGACACCGAUUAGAACAAAUCGUUAACUCCGGAAGUAUCCCAGACGAUGCCAAAAUGAUUGGAUUAAAACCAAACGCGGAGAAUGUUUCAAAAUUAGAAUUUUCGGAAAUCAAACCAGUUCCUCCACCACCACCAUUGGCACCACCUCCUCCUCCAGCUCCCGGCCCUCCACCACCACCUUGCGCACCUAUGGCACCACCAACAGAAGCAUUGAAAAUUGAAGUACCAAAAAAGAACGUACCUCAACCUUCGAAUCCUUUGAAAAGUUUUAAUUGGUCCAAACUUCCAGAGACUAAGGUUAAUGGAACUAUUUGGAGUGAAUUGGAUGAUACUAAAUUGUAUAAUGCUAUGGAGUUGGAUUGUAUCGAUAAAUUGUUUUGUGCUUAUCAGAAAAACGGAGUUGCUAAUGAAGGUUCUAUUGAAGAUUUACGCAACUUAGGUAAAGGAAAAACCAAAGUUCUUUCAGUGAUCGAUGGUCGAAGAGCCCAAAAUUGUACAAUCCUCCUAUCAAAACUAAAAAUGUCCGACGAAGAUAUCACCAAAGCUAUUUUAAGCAUGGAUAGUAAAGAACAAUUACCCAUCGAUAUGGUUGAACAACUCUUAAAAUUCACUCCUAGUCCCGAAGAAGCAGCUCUUUUAGAAGAACACAGCGACGAAAUUGAUUCUUUAGCCAGAGCUGAUAGGUUCCUUUACGAAAUUUCAAAAGUGCCACAUUACGAACAAAGAUUAAGAAGCCUACACUAUAAGAAACGUUUCCAAAUAACCCUCAACGAAAUCACCCCAAGAAUACAAGGAGUUAUGGAGGCGUCGCGAGAAGUUUCGCGAUCUCGAAGACUUCGUAGACUUUUAGAAGUCGUUUUAGCUUUAGGCAACUAUAUGAAUAGAGGAGCUCGAGGAAAUGCGCACGGUUUUAGAUUGGCCUCUUUGAAUCGAUUGGCUGACACAAAAUCAAGCGCUGCAAAAGGAACAACUUUAUUGCAUUAUUUAGUUCAAAUCCUUGAGAAAAAAUUCAAGGACGUUAUGAGAUUAGAUGAUGACGUCCCUCACGUUCGAGAUGCAUCAAAAGUAUCUUUGGGCGAACUAAGCAAAGAUAUGGCUCAAUUAAGAGCGGGAUUGAAAGAUGUUGCCAAAGAAAUCGAAUUUCAUCGAACUCAAAGUCCACUGGCCAAUGAUAAAUUUGUUCCUGUUAUGAGAGAAUUUCAAGCAACAGCAACAUGUCGUUUAGCGGAAAUUGAAGAUCAAUAUCAAGAUAUGAAAACUCGAUUUGAUAGAGCUGUAAGAUUAUUUGGUGAAGAUCCAGCUCAAAUUCAACCAGACGAAUUUUUCGGAAUUUUCGAUACAUUCCUAUCAUCGUUACAAGAAGCUAAACAAGAUAAUGAAAACUUGAAAAAGAAGCAAGAAGAAGAGGAGAAACGCGCUAAACAAGAAGCGGAAUUAAAAAAAUUAACGCUUGAGAGAAAACAUAGUCGCGAAGGAAUUUUAUCAACCAUCAAUAAAAAUAAGAGAAACAGUACGAACGACACCAAAGGUGAAUUUGAUGAUUUGAUCUCAGCUUUAAGAACGGGUGAUGUAUUCGGCGAAGAUAUGGCCAAAUAUAAGAGAUCAAGGAAGAAGAUGAAUGGUUCAUCACCACCAAGAAGAAAUUCUGUACACAGAGAAGAAAGUAGGGAGAGGAUAAUAACGAAUGGAAGAAGGCAAUAGAAAGGAGAAAACGAUUUUUUUAGAUUAUAAUGCUAAAAAACGUUUAGGUAAGCGUAAAACGUAUUAUUCUAAAAAAAAUCUCAACGUUAUUUUUUAAAACGUUAAAUUUCCUUUUUUCUCAUUACGAUUCGUUUAUUUAUUACAUAAUUCUUCCUAAAUAAGUCGGAAUUGGACCAACGAUUUUUAAAAGAUAAGAAUUAAAAGAUCAUAGUCAUAAUCGCAAAACCAUUUUCGCAUUAUUGUAUAUUAUUAUUCGUUUCUUUUGGUUUUAAUAAAGAAAAUUAAUUAAACCACCCGUACGUACGUAGAAUUGUAUACAUAGUAGAAAUUUGUAUGUUUAUAUGAUAAUAUUAAUAUAUAGCGGUUAAUAUAUUAAACACACACGAUUAACUUUUACCAACCAUGAUGAUAUAAAACGGACGAAAACGCGCUUUUACAUUCUCUCGAUGAUUUUCAUUGAAUUAAUUGAUUGACGCAUUUAAAUGUUGAAAUAUAUUAUUGUUAAUUUAUUAAA